AUGUACUUCUUCGUAGAAAUCAGCACGACGGCGUUCGUACUUGCACUUUCGUGGUUCACGAACAUCGCCGCGGGACAUACGAAGAAGGUUACGGUGAAGGCCAUCAUGCUUAUCGCGUACUGCGUCGGCAACGCUGCUGGACCUUUCAUGUGGGAGGCCAAGUACACUCCUCGGAACCACAUUCCACGGACUAUCAUCGGGAUCUGCUACGUCUAG